ACAGAUUAUAGAAGUCAUUCAUUGCGCGAAAUCAAUUCAAAUGUUUUGUCCGCAAUUAAUCAGCUGUAACCUCAAUUUGUUUGUUUAUAUGUUAUUUAUACAGUAAUUAGUCAUCCCUAUAAUCGAGUGACUGGUGAAGCAGUAAUAAUAAGCCUUUGGUGAUAAAACGACGGCUCAACAUGAGCUUUUGUAAAGAAUUUAUUUUUGUAUUGUUACAUGGGUUAAUUUUAGUUUGCGAAUGUAAAUAUGGGUUUAUAACUUGGACAGGGGGUAAGGCAGAAAUAUCUGUGAGUGAUUAUUACGCUGAUAUACCUGAUGUUCACGUCGCACGUGCAACUUACAGCAACGAAGUCAAUUCAACAGGAUGGGCAUUUCUGGAACUCCACACAACUGAGGAUUCCCCUGAUGAGCAGCAAGCUUAUGCAGCUGGCUAUCUCGAAGGUUUCCUCACCAGAGACCUGAUUUGGAUGCAUUGGCAAAAUGUUCUCAAAGGGUACUGUUACAACAAAACAGAUGUAUGUGGUUUGAUUGAAGCAUUUGUAGAUAAAAAUGAGGCGUACAUCACUUCUAUGGUAGAUAAAUAUCCCAAUGAUCCAUACUGGUAUCAGAUAAAACUGUAUUACGUACAGCUGGAGGGACUAGCCAUAGGUUACAAUGAAGCCACCACCAAUCCGUAUGAACUUCUCACCGUGCGCGAUAUUAUUUGGCUCAACAUGCUGGGUGAUUUGGACGAGCUAUCGUUCGCGCUGUCAGCGCCCCCUGAGUUCCCUGAAGGGCUGAUGUUCGGCGAGCACUGCUCGGGGCUGGUGAAGCUGCUGCCUCACUUCAGGGACCUUUAUGUCUCCCAGGUCACGUGGAACAGUUACCAGUCGAUGCUGCGCUUCCAGAAGAUGUACGUACUGAAAUAUCACAUGUACCCGGGCAGCAAAGACAUCAUACCCGGGUACAAGAUGUCGUUCUCCUCAUACCCGGGCUUCGUGCAGUCCACAGACGACUUCUACGUGAUAUCUUCGGGGCUGGUGGCUGCGGAGACCACCAUUGGGAACAGCAACCGGACGCUCUACAAAUAUGUGAAGCCACUUGGACAGAUAAUGGAGUUCGCUCGAGCGAUGGUGGCCAAUCGUUUAGCUCACGACGGCACCCAGUGGGUGCAGAUAUUUCGCAAACAUAACAGCGGCACCUACAACAACCAGUGGUAUAUAGUGGACUACAAGAAGUUCAAGCCGCGUACUUCUUCCAAGCCGGGUAAAGCCUUACCGGGUCUACUGUGGGUGGUAGAACAACUGCCCGGGUACACUGAGGCCGCCGAUCUAACUUCGGCAUUGGUCAGCACUUCAUACUUCCCGUCGUACAACAUCGCUUAUUUCCCGCGCGUGUUCAACAUGAGCGGGGGGAAUGUGAGGGUGAAGACCUACGGCGACUGGUUCGGAUACCACACCAACCCAAGAGCCAAGAUAUUCAAACAGAAACAGGCCGGUAUCAAUAACCUCCGCGAUAUGUACGAGGUGAUGCGCUACAAUGACUACAAACACGACCCUUUAUCGCGCUGCGACGCUUGCAAUCCUCCAUAUAGUGCUUGCAACGCUAUCUCCGCGAGAAACGACCUCAACCCGCCCAAUGGCACGUAUCCAUUCCGAGCGUUGGGUCACCGCAGCCACGGCGCCACAGACGUCAAGAUUACCAGCGCCCUCCUGCACCGCGCGCACCAGUUCAUCGCACAAGCCAGCCCCACCUACAACCUGUCCCGAGGGAUCCCGCCCUUCACGUGGAGUGAAUUCGAUAUGGGUCCACAGUUGAACCACAUUGGUCACCCGGACCGCUGGAUGUUCCCGCCCAUCCUCCACCGCUGGGAGUGGGAAUAGGUCUAUAGCAAUAAGGAUUGAUAUUUGAAAGAUAUUUCGUUUUUUAAUUUGUUGUUAUUAUAUAAAGAAAAAUAAUCUGUAUAUGAUAAAAUUAUUGUAUCAACAUUUUUGUAUUAAAGAAUGCCUGUUUUUGCAUUUAUUUCGUAUAUAAGCAAUGAACGAUUUGAAAUUAAAACCU